AUGUGGGUUCAGUCACGCUUGUUAUGUAGGGUUAGCAAAGAUAAUUUACUGAGUUUCUACUAUCGUUGCGUGAAGUUUGUUCCACAUCCGCUGAAGCAGGAGAGUGGGGGUGAGGACGCCUUUCUCUCUCUCGUUGGCGUGCAGGCGGUGUUAGAUGGGGUGAGCUGGUGGAAAGAAAAUACUGCUGUGGAUGCGGGGUUGUAUAGUGCGGCUCUUGCUCGAGCGAUGUACAAUUACGUUGAGGAGGAGUUGUUGGGGGAUAAUCCUUCUUCUUCGUUAGCAUUGCUGCAGAAGGCUUACGAUGCAUGUAAGGCUGAAGAGAUUGAGGGUACGUCAACGGCAUUGGUGGCGACACUUCAGCCCCCAACUGAGGAGGAGGUUGCUUUAAUGGGUUUGGAGGACAGACACAAGAACUGUAUUUUAGAUAUUUGUAGUGUGGGGGAUUGCACGGCAUUGAUAGUUCGAAGAGGCAGGAUUGUUUUUAUAACUGAGGAACAAACUCAUGACUUGGAUUUUCCGUAUCAAUUGGGCCAGGGGAGCAGUGACACACCUUGCCGGGGCUUGAAGUACCGUUUCCCCGUUGAGUGUGGCGAUGUACUCUUUUUGGGUAGUGAUGGUGUUUUUGAUAAUCUUUUUCCACAUCGCGUUGCGGAGUUGAUGUGGAAAUUGCUGAAUAAUGUUUGCUUGCGUCAUUUUUCGGGGGUACCAGGGAAGUGGGGAAGGGUGGAGCUCUUUGAGGACACGAUGCACGCUCUCGCGAGGGGUUCCGAGGAUGUCAUACGGGAGGCCUGGAAUUGUGCGAGAGACAUCCAUUCCGAUACACCGUAUGCCCGCAAGGCGGUGGCGGGGGGUGCCUAUUACGAGGGCGGGAAACAAGACGACAUGACACUUUUGGUUUCUGUCAUAGACCAGGAGAGGGACGCGGGAUCUGGCGACCGCAUUGUCCGUGGCGCCGUGAUGAACCCUUAUCCAUACAGGGAUUGGCCAUGA